GCAACCUGCAAUAUAUAAAUGGUUCAUGGACAGGUUAGACAAUGAUGGAUUGACAAAUGUUACUGUUGUGAUAAAAAUGGACAAUGCUGCUCUGCAUCACCCACAGAUAGAGACCACUACCUUCUGGGAUCCAGUACAACAUCUGAAAAGAAAUCUAGCCGUCGCCCAUAUGAUCGAGUCGGAGAAACAGAGGUCUCAAAACGUAAAGCUUGUUAACCCAAUCAAUAUUACGAUGCCCAUGUUCCAAGGUUUUAACGAGGGCGGAUUCUGCGCUUGUCAUUUUCACAAGUAUCAACUUAACGCCACAUAUGCCGUAGAUGGACACGUCCAGAAGAUGUAUAUUAAACCAUUCUUCCACACAUUGUGCCUUGGGGAAGCAGAUAGGAGGAAUUAA